AUGUACCCGGUCAACAACACCAAUACCAACCCUAGGCAUCAAAUGCCGCGCACCGUGGUGACAACAGACAUGGAACAAGACGACCUCGCCUCUCUAAUCCGAUACCUCCUCUACACCAACGAAAUCGACACCCAGGGCAUAAUAUACUCCUCCAGCCGCUUCCACUGGUCCGGCGACGGCAAGGGCACGAAAUUCUUUCUCCCUGAUCGCGAGUACACCAGCCCGCAGUGGACAUGGCGCUGGACCGGCACGCGGUAUAUCCAGGAUAUAGUCCUGAAGGCGUACGCCGAGGUGUACCCCAACCUGCGGAACCAUGAUCCGUUCUAUCCGAGCCCCGAGGAGCUGUUGGAUAGCGUUAAAAUCGGGAAUAUUGACUUUGAGGGCGAGAUGGAGAAGGAUACGGAGGGGUCGGAUUUUAUCCGGGAGUUGUUGCUAGAUAACAAGGAUUCUAGGACGUUGUAUCUACAGGCCUGGGGCGGGACGAGCACGAUUGCGCGCGCGCUGAAGUCUAUUGAGAAUGAGCACUCAGCGUCGUCGCAAUGGGCCAGCAUCCAGGACACCGUCUCUAAGAAGGCGGUUAUUCUGGCGAGUGGCUUCCAGGACGAGGCGUACGAGAAGUACAUUGCGCCGGAGUGGCCGGACAUCCGGGUUGAAAAUUUUGAGACUGCGUAUGCAACCUGGGGGUAUAACUGCGAACGUGGGGAUGGCAAUGUCCGCGGUUUACCAGACGACCACGUCUACUUCACAGGAAACUGGACCAAGACGAAUAUCCAGACCGGGCCGUACGGGAAGCUCUACCGAUCCUGGCUCGACGGGCAGUCCAUGCCCGGAGACCAGAAGGACGUGUUCGGUGAUCUGGAGAAGCUAGAAGCGACCCCCGACCAGUUCUGUGAGCCGCUGGAACCGUAUGAUUUCCUAUCCGAGGGCGACAAUGUGGUGUUCAACCCGUUGUUGAAGACUGGGAUCCAGGACCCGGCGAACCCGGCCCUGGGUGGCUGGGGUGGGCGAUCGGAGCAGAACAGCACGUCGCCGAAUCUGUGGCAGCUGGUCGAGAAUGAGAAGAACCAGACUGGGGCUGAGGACGCGACUUAUACCACUGAUCGUUGGAUGGCAGCUGUACAGAAUGAUUUCGCGGCGAGGAUGCAGUGGACGCUUACGCCGGAUUAUGCACUUGCGAACCAUGCGCCGGAGGUGAGCAUUGCUAACGGGACCACGGUCAAGGCGAAACCGGGAUCGACUGUUACUCUUGCAGGUGUAGUAAGUGAUCCGGAUAAUGGCACUGUCACUACAUCCUGGUGGCAGUAUGUCGAAGAGGGCUCGUACCCAGGGAAGGUGAAUGUGACUGAGUCUGGUAACAACCAGGCAAACGUGGCUGUUCCUGCAGACGCAAAAUCCGGACAGACCAUUUCAAUCAUUCUGCAAGGAACUGAUGAUGGACAUUUCCCUCUGACUCGCUAUGGUCGUGUUUUUAUCCAUGUUGCAUAG